AUGCCUGGCUCUUCACCUGCGAAGCCCGUCGACUGUACGAUUGAUUUUGAUGCCAGUCAUCUAGUAGGAAAGACCGCUGUCGUUACCGGAGGUCCCAACCAAACGCCCAAGAAGCCAAAUCUCGACAUCAUCGACGUAAAUCUCAAUGGCGCGCUCUACACCAGUAAACUCGCAAUGCACUACUUCAUGACCCAAAACGGCACAUCACCGAAUUCCUCCCAAACAGACACCUGUCUGAUCCUCAUUGGCUCAGGAGCCGCUUACCUCGACUGUCCACGCGGACCCCAAUACAGUGCCUCCAAAUAUGCGAUGCGCGGUAUCAUGCACUCCCUGCGUCGUACAGCGUACUACUACGGUUCUCGCAUCAAUAUGAUUUCGCCAUGGUAUGUGCGCACGAAAAUCCUGACGAAUGACGACUUUGAUGCGGUGGAGAAGGCUGGUGUACAGCUUGCUACUACAGAAGAUGCAGGGCAGUGUUUGUUGAGGAUCUUGAGCGAUGGUAGUAUUAAUGGGCGGUCACUUUUCAUCUCAGCAAGAAAGUGGGCACCGAGGGGUUAUAUUGAUCUGGAUUUGGACGAGUAUCCUGGAAAUGAUCUGUUGGAGGAGAUUCAGGCUGAUCAAGUCAAGUUUGCGCCUGUGGAGGCAGGCUUGUUCGUCUGA